AUGUGCGGGCUACACAAUGGAGGACCCAUACAUAGCCUUGGAAAACCCCCUGAAGUGGAAAUUCACUCUUGGACAACACCGAACCAAGAGAAGCGGGAGUUGAUGGUAACCCUCAAGUUACCUACUGACAUUAUGCAAGCCCUUACACUCAUGUAUAAUGCAUGCAUGAAUGCCUUCCCCAAUUCAACCAGUCUUAUGAAUAAUACAAACAUCAUCAAUGAUGCUCCACCCAUAACGUGUAUGGUCUGGAACACACAAGGAGCUGGAAGUGGUGAAUUCUUAUCAGCACUUAAAGAACUACUUAGAUGUCACAAGCCAAUGGUUUUUUCUCUAGUUGAAACCCAUAUGGGAGGUGAUCAAGAAAUGAAGAUUGCCACUGCAACAAGCUACUCUGGUCACACUAGAGUUGACGCUCAGGGGUAUAGUGGUGGCAUUUGGGUGUAUUGGAAACCCGAACUAGUGAAUGUCGACCCCAUACAUCAGCAUCAGCAAUACAUCAGCAUGGAAAUUACAAGGAAUGGAGAAGCCCCAUGGUAUUUCUCAGCGAUUUAUGCUAGCCUUGACCCAUCUCGAAGGCAAGAUCUCUGGAGAGAACUAGAGGAAUUUGCAACCAGAAACAAUAAACAAUGGCUACUAGCAGGGGAUUUCAAUGAGACUAGGUUUGGUUGGGAGAGAAGCUCAAGCUGCGCGGAAACUACAAGAAGGUCGAACCACUUUAACCAAUGGGUUGAGAAUAAUCAGUUACUUGAAAUUGAGUUCUCUGGCCCAUCUCACACUUGGGCUAGAGGGAACUCGAUUGACACUCGUCAAAGUGUAAGGCUUGAUAGAGCAAUGUGUAGCACGGAAUGGGGACUGCGAUUCGACAAAGCCAGAGUCAAACACCUCCCAGCUAUUCAAUCAGACCACUGUCCAAUUCUUAUCACCUCAAAUGGUCUUGCUCCGCUACAGGAACUAAAUCGACCCUUUCGAUUCCAAGCGGCUUAG